CCUCCCACACACCAAAUCAUAUUCACUCUCAGCUCUCAAAUUCUUCACCUAAAAAUGACUGCAAAAAGGUUUUUCAAUGAUUCUAAUCAAGACCCUGAUCAGCCAAGCGACAAACGGAUGAGAAAUACUAGAACCUCUUUUGCUUCAGUCAUAGGAGAAGUGGUCAUGGUAAAAAACUUGGAGAACCUUUUCUCAGUGUUGGAACCUUUGCUCAAAAGAGUGGUGAGUGAAGAAGUGGAACGAGUUGUGAGACAAUGGUCACUCUCAUUUACUAGGUCUCCCUCAUUGAUGCUCCAAAGAAAUGAGCAACCGUCAAGCUUGCAACUAUGGUUCAGCAAAAGGCUUUCCCUCCCAAUUUUCACAGGAACAAGGAUUCUUGACAUUGAAGGGAACCCCAUCAACAUAGUUCUGAUGGACAAGAGUGGGGGCCAAGUGGUCCCCACGAGUCUUCCACAUGCCAUCAAGCUAGAGAUUGUGGUUCUUGAUGGGGACUUUCCAGCUUGUGAUGAGAAUGAGGAAUAUUGGACGAGUGAGGAAUUCAGCAGGCACGUGGUGAAGGAGAGAAGUGGGAAGAGACCCUUGCUUGCAGGAGAGCUGAACUUGACCAUGAGGGAUGGGAUUGCACCAACAGUGGACAUCGAGUUCACAGAUAACUCAAGCUGGAUUCGAAGCAGGAAGUUCAGAGUUGCAGUGAGGGUGGCACCAGGGAGCAAUCAAGGUGUUUGGAUUCGUGAAGGCAUGACUGAAGCAUUUAUGGUUAAGGAUCAUCGUGGAGAAUUGUACAAAAAACACCACCCUCCAAUGCUCCAUGACGAUGUGUGGCGUCUAGAGAAGAUUGGUAAAGAGGGAGCUUUCCACAGAAAAUUGUCAAAAGCGGGGAUCAAUACAGUCCAAGACUUUCUCAAACUAGCAGUUGUUAACACUCCUAAGCUAAGAAAUAUAUUAGGCAUGGGGAUGUCAGAUAAAAUGUGGGAAGUCACUAUCAAGCAUGCAAUGACUUGUGACAUGGGGAGCAAGAUGUACAUUUACCGUGGAUCACAAUUUACUAUUUUUCUGGAUCCAGUAUGCAAAUUACUUAGAGCAGAUAUCAAUGGACAGACAUUUUUCAAUAGAGAUCCAAUGAGUCAUAUGAAUAAGACCUAUAUAGACAAAUUGGUGAGAGAAGCAUAUGCUAGAUGGCAUAACUUGGAGGAAAUUGAUGGAGUUCUGAAUGAUAACAUUGCUUUGCUAACCCAAGGUGAGCAAACUGUGGAGCAAUUUCCAAACAAUCAACCUGCAGCAUCUGUUGUCACAUAUGAUCAAGAUCAAUAUUACAGUGACAAAUCUGGCAGCUAUGUAGCAAACGAUACUGCACAAAUGGGAUCCUGUGAGUGGUCAAUGAAUCAAGUCUAUAGCACAGCACCAUUGGCUAUUGCUACUACCUUUCCCUUUAUCAGUUUCUCAGGGUCACAAUCAGAUGGCGACAUAACCGCUUCAGGUUCUGGAUCAGUGGACGUUGAUGGGGCCACACUGCAGAAUUAAGUACUAAAAGUUCCUGCAUAUUGUACAGUAUAUAUGUAGGCAUGCUACUUGCAAAUAUGUAUAAGAUCGGUGAGUAGUUCAUAAAAAUUAUAUAUACAUGCAUGCUUAUAAGUGGUGUGCACCUAAAUGAUAUAUAUGUUUCCAUGCAAAAUGGAAAAAAAAAAAAAAAAA